AUGACCCAUUUAAAUAGAAAUGUGGUGUCAUUGUGCUCGCAUCUAACCCCAGCUUAUUGUCAGAACCACAAAAAACUCAUUUUGGUAUGUGAUAUGGAUGAGACUUUGAUAACCGAAGUUGAAUCUGGCGAGCGGGUAGUGGUGAGACCUAAAAUUUGUUGUAUGUUAAAGAAUCUGCGCCCACAAUAUGAAUUGUGCCUCGUUACAUAUUCAACACGUGAGAGGACUGAUACUAUAGUUUCAAACCACUUGGACCCCGAUGCGAAAUUAUUUGGCAAUCGCAUAUUGUGCAGAGAGGACAUUCUGCCCCAUUUCAAAAACAAGCUCGAUGCUUUCCUCGCUCAUAUGCCAAAAUCGUUUGGUAAAGAUAAAUUUGGAACUCGUGAAGUUGUCGGGAAUGUUCAUUUUCGUAAUGCGUCUGAAUCACGCGCAGUGAACCAUGGAUUCACAACUGUUCGCUCGCGCCGUCCCCCGGUUUGGACUUACAUUGUCGCACUGGAUGAUUUUCCAUUGGCAUGGUCGAACUUACCUACUUGCAUACCUGUCAGACCAUUUUCCUUAGACAAAUAUCAACGUCAACGAUCUAGUAAGAAUGAAGCAGUGUAUGUGCUUAGCCUCCAGAAAUUUUUGACGAAACUGCAUAAUGCUGUCUUUCAAGCUCCUCGACACACCCUGGGCAGAUUAGAAGGCCUGGAUAAUAGGCCGGCUGUGGAACUUUCGCGCCGAAAAGCCAAAUCUGCUUAUUCAGUCAUUACACGCAUACGUAGAAGACCGUCUCAAGCGCACCGAUUUCAGUCUCUUUGUCAUUUAGACCCAGGGCGCUUGAUCGAUUUCGAUAUACGAAGUAUGUCAGUUCGCCGUCACCACAGGGAUACGUACGAGCGGAGCAGCUCAAGUUUGGGGUGGCAUCCAUCGGUCGCACAUGGUAUAACAACACCACCGUUUGAGGAACGGUACCGACAGUCAGAUUUGAAUGUUUUUAGCCCAGCUUAUAGAACUAGCUCACAAAACCCAAUGACUAUAGGAAUUGAGGAACGGAAUUUUUAUGGAGUAAACGAAAAUGACCGAAUAAGGUCCAGUUUCACACCGUCCAAACAACUUAUUCGUCAUGUUUAUCAGCGGGCUAGACUCAUUCCAGGCGAAUGCGGAUUUAACGAUAUCAUCAAUGAG